UGACGUGAGAGGCAGUCGUUCAAACACAUGCAGGUUCUGGAUUUAUUUGUCAGGGUAAAGGUCAUGUUUGAUAGUGACACCUAAAGUAGCAGCUUUUACUGAGAUGUUAGUACUUAUUGUUAAGUCAAAUACGCUCAGUGGAGUGAGACGGAAGCUGACUAAUGGGUCGAGAGAAACGGAGGACAUGCUGAGGUUUGUGUGACGAGCGAAUCACCUGAGAGAAUUCUCCCCAGCUCCUCUAUAUAAGAGUGAGCGCGUCCAAAGGGGGACCAUGAAACAGCUGCAGAAGCAAAGACAGAAGAAGGGCAGCGGUCAAUUUAUACUCCUGAUUCUAACACUUGAGGAGCACAGAGGCUGAGAUGAUGGAAAGCGCCCACACUUUGGCAGCACUCCUGCUUCUCAUCAUCAUCCAGAGCAGCUGGCAGGUGCCCGACCAGGACACUGAUCGAAACUCCCUGUCACUGAACGAGAACUCCUUAACUGAACCACUUGUGUUCCCAAACAUGAAGAGACACUCGGAGGGAACAUUUUCCAACGAUUACAGUAAAUACCUGGAGACGAGAAGAGCUCAAGAUUUUGUACAGUGGCUCAAGAAUUCAAAAAGGAAUGGGAGUUUAUUGAGACGUCACGCAGACGGCACCUACACCAGCGAUGUGAGCUCCUACCUGCAGGACCAGGCAGCCAAGGAGUUUGUGUCCUGGCUGAAGACGGGCCGGGGCAGAAGAGACUAGACUCAGUAAUGCAACAGUGACUCUGUGGCCAUUCUAUGUUUCACAGUGUGUACGAGCCUUUUUCUUGGUCAUGCUAUUAAAUUCCCGUGAUAAGAAGCGA